AUGCAUUUCUGUUCUCCCUUCCUGAAUCUCAUCUUCUGGGCUUCCUUGCUCCUCGCCGCUGGUGCCAUACCCUACGACAGAUCAAAGCAGGACGUUUAUCGGCCGGAUCCUGAUUUGGGUACUUCAGCACUCAGAGACUCUGUGGUGCCAGUGCUGCAGCUUCGCUCUUCGGGAGUACACUCUCUAGAAAGAAGGAAAGAAUCCAAUGUUGCGGCCCAAGAAUUCGCGAAUAAAUGGUUUGGUCAACUCCAUGAUGAGGAUUGGAUUGAUUAUUCCUUCAACUCGAAAUGCGUCGGGUACGAUAAAAACGAGGAAACCUUCAUGCGCAACAACCUAACAACUAAAGUAGCUGACCGUAAGCUCCUCGCAAGUAACGGCAGUUACAACAAGGGUAUCUUUACCCUACCAAAUCUCAGGGAUAGUGUUGUAAAACUGGUGAGACUCACUGGCCUGUGCCAUGAAACAGCAUCUUGCGAAAUAGUAUCGCUCAAAGCUUUUGGACAACACGUUACGAGCGGAUUCGUGACGUUGCCGGAAGAAAACGCCGGCGUAAUCAUCAUGAAGAAGGUUGAAGGAAUAUCUUUCUUGGAAAGCUCAAAGUGGAGUAAUACAUUGGAUGAAGCGCAAAAGCUAAAUGCUCUCAAUGCACUCAAACGUGAGGUUCAGGAAAUGAUCUAUAAUCUUCUACGUGAAGGAAAGCCUCUUUUUUCAGACUUUCAAAAUGGUAACAUCCUCAUUGAUGCAGAGGAGAAAGCUCAUUUGGUCGAUUUUGGCUUUCCGGGGGUUUGGCCAGUAAAAAUGGUCCCAGAAAGAAACGUUUUUAACAAGUGGUUCGAAAGACGAUGGUACUUUUUGUGGCAGUCCGCCUACGUACAGUUGGGAUACCCGGUACCUGUCUUUUACCAGCCAAAGGCGGAGGGACCUAUCAGUAAAAAGAAACACUGGUCCAAAAGUAUACUGACAAAACUCGGAUUUGGUAGAGAGAAGCAGAAGGGAAAACGAGGAUCUUUUGCCAUUGAUCGAUGA